GUGCAUGGCCGGUGCUCUACAGAAAUGGCGACAAGAAUAAAGGCAUCUCCUGUGCUCCUUCAUGUGAGUUUCCUCUCCCGCCGCGCUGCUGCAGCGCCAUCGAGUGCUCCCUCGCUCGCUUCAUCGCUGGCAGGGCUGCAAUACUGGAGAGGCAACUCGAAAAUGGCGCCUCUGCUGUGCCACCUUUCCCGCUUUCCUCCCCUCUUGACAAGAGCCUCCUUCAGCACGAAGAGCGCCAAAGACGACGACAAGACCGCGACGGAGGCGAAGGCCAAGGUUGAGCAGGUCUCCGCCGAGACCAGGAAGGACCAGUGGGGCAACCGCGGGAAGCUCAUCUACGAAGGGUCCUUAGCUCACCCGGUCAGAGGGCUGAAGAGGGUGUCGAUAACGACGUGCCUCAUCAGCAUUUUGGCGGUGCCGGCCCUGGUGAUGUAUGGCAAAGAGAGCGUGCCGGUGGCAGGACAAGUUGCUGUGAUGAGCGCGGCCUUGGUGGGAACUGGCAGCUCGACGCUCCUCCUGAACCUCUGCGUCAGUCCCUACGUGUUUCGAAUGGCUGAGAUAUACGAGGGGGGAGUCGCCCAGGGAGAAGACGGUGAAGUUCGCAAGAAACCAAGAAACAAGACGAACCGGUACGGCAUGCCGAAGCUGUCGGGUCGGCGAUUUCGUGUGGAGCGGAUGAACAUCUUCGGGGUGCGAAGAACCACCGAGUUUUCGAUAGAUGAGGUGGAGCCCAUGCCCAACACAUCCAGACCAUUUGUGUCCUUCAAGGCCGCCGGCAGCUACUACUUUAUCCAGGGGCACGACAUGGCCGACAAGGUGCUGCUUCAGACCCUGCUGGGACGAGAGCUCAAGGACCACGAGAAGCGGCCCCCAAAUAGUGCGACUUAAGCAUGUUAUUUCACUUUCGAGGAGCAACCAAAUGAUUCGCGGAUGACUUAGUUGCACGAGUGGAGUUUUGGAGUUUUCCCCUGUGGUUUUGCGUGUUCCCACAUAAAGCCACAGAGCUGAUUUGUCUGGACUAUUUUGAGCGGCUCAUGCCACGUUGGGUGUUGGCCGCUUACGUGUUUCCGUUGGCUGGUGCCGCCAGCCCCACCAGCGCAAGCCGACGUUGGAGGAUUUUUCAUGUGUACCUCAAGCGGCACAGAAAUCACGACUCAAAUACGCGGUCUGUCGGGUCACCCAUCCUGGUUGCUUUUGUUGAGAUGCGCGGGUGACGCGGUUGCCUGACCGGAUGUGCUUGAGAUCGUGCCUUCCUCGUUGGGAAGGAAAGCUUCCUCGUUGAGAGCCACCGAUGGUGUUGCAAUGCAGUUGGGGCUUCGAGACAAACGACGAAGUCUACAUGCAUCUCUACCGUGUUCAGCGAUCGCCCCUUUGGUUCACUUAAUAGCCUCUCUUCCUUCUGACGUCGGGACGUGGGGGGAAAUACCAGCGCAUUGUUCCAAGUG